AUGAACUUUGGAAAACUUUUUGGUAAAAAGAGUAAAUCGAAAUCUACACAGAACUUUAAUGAUCAUGAAAAAUUUGAUACGGGCGUGAAAUCUUCUGCACAAGCACGAGAAAGACCACCUGCUCGAGAACGUAUUCAUUCCGAAGCGAUUCUCAAUGUUUAUUCCAUUGAUGGAUCUACUGUUGUAACUGGUAGUCAAGAUCGCACAUUAGUUCUAUAUGAUUUGCUCAAUCAUCGUAUUUCUCGUCGAUGGGUUGGCCACGAACAUGACGUGAUGAAAGUGAACUAUGGACGUUUAAUCAAUUUAGUUGUGAGCGCGUCUCGCGAUCGUACAAUUCAGCUUUGGAAUGCAAACUCAGGUUCACCUGUACAAAAACUACUUGGCCAUGACCUUGUUGUGACAGCUAUUGACUUCAAUCCAGACAAUACGGUUUUGGUGAGUGGUAGUCGUGAUAAUAAAGUGAAUUUUUGGGAUAUAAAAACCGGCCAAAUACUCAAAUCAAUUGUGAUCGGACGGAAUUUGGUCACUGAUGCCAAAUGGUCUCAUGACGGAAGUUUUAUUACUCAAACAGGCGAAGACAAAGAAAUCAAAAUGUAUGACGCUCGAAGUAUGACACAAGUUGUUUCGUUUCCGAAAAAGCAAUAUAUUCAACUAUCCUGUGAUAUUUCACAUGAUAAUCAAUAUCUGAUUUCCACAAGCAAUGGAUUUAAUGGAAGUGGCGCUGAAAUUUCUUUAUGGGACAUCCGACAACGAAAACUACUUUUCGAAUUUUAUGGCCAUCGUGCAACUGUUAAUAGUGCGCGUUUUGUUGAUCAAACCGCAUCAACAAUCAUUUCGUGUAGUAAUGACGGUCGAGCAAUUCUUUGGAAUGUUCAACGAAACGCCAUGCUUGCUGAACUCGAUGUUGAUAAUACAACAGGUCUUACAUCAAUAUGUGUGAUGAACGCACAAAAAUUUGCAACAAGUGAUUUGAAUGGUAGGCUCAACAUUCUUCAAUACGACACUCGUCAGUUACAAGUAACUGAUCAAAUUUGA